AUGAGGCGAAAAAGGCUAGCCCCUCGUCGAAGCAAAAUAAGUGACAAAAACGUUGGAGCUGUUGGUGAUGAUAAUGGUUGCUCGAGUGUUGGAGAUGCUCCUGUUGGCGAGAAUMUUGGACUUGCUAAUGGCGAGGGUUUUGGAGUUGCUGACGGUGGCGAGGAAGUGAGAGUCAAUGAUGAACAAGCGGCUCUAAYUGGAGAUGACUGCGAGGAAUGA